AUGCCAACCGACAUCAACUUCCCUCCCCGAGUCGAGUAUUUCCGGCUCCAGUGGAUAGACUACUCCGGUGUUCUCCGCGUGCGAAUCGUCUCCCGCAGCGUAGCCCUCGACCUCGCCAAGAACAAACAAUCCUACACCCUCGCCCAAAACUGUCUUAUUAUCCCUAUAUCUACCGCCCCAGCAUGUUUCCCUGACGGCAUCGAAGAAUGGCUACUCAUUCCGGACUGGAAAUCGCUACGGGUGUGCGGGUUCAAGAACAACUAUGCGUCCGUCAUGUGCGGAACUUCUCGAGCUGGGUUUGUCGCAUCUUCGGCGCGAUGUCCGCGCAGUCGCCUGUGUGACGUCCUUUCGGAAUUUGGAUCCACGCACAGCUACAGCAUUAUGUUGGGUUUUGAGAUUGAGUUUUCUUUUUUGGAUCAAGGGUUUAAUAUUGUGGCGUGUUUGGACCAGGGUAUUGGGUAUUCGACGAGUACUGGGCUGAGAGGUGAGAUGGGGAAUAUUCUAGAUGAGAUUGUGUCGGCAUUGAAAGUUUCAGGGAUUGAAAUUUACCAUUUCCAUGUGGAAAUGGCAGAUCAGUACGAGAUUGCGCUGUCGCCGCUGCCGCCUAUGGAAGCCAUAGACGCACUGAUCAUGACACAAGAAACUAUUCGCACAAUCGCUAUUCGUCAUGGUCUAAGGGCACAACUGUCUCCGAAGCCAGUUGGUGGUGGUCGUGGGCCAAAGAACGGUCUGCACGCCCAUCUUUCACUGAAUCCAGCACAAGGUAAUGAGAACCAUUUCCUAGCUGGUAUCCUGAGAAAAGUAAGAAGUCUAUGUGCAUUCGGACUAGCAAACUACGACAGCUAUGAACGCGUUGCAGGCGACUGUGCAGGAGAAUGGGUUGCGUACGGAUCGGGAAACAAGGACCUACCUAUUAGGCAAGUGAAUCAUCAUCGCUGGGAAAUUCGGUUUCUUGAUGCCACGGCAAAUGUGUACCUGUUCAUGGCUGCAAUAAUAUCAGCUGGCAUGGAGGGUCUACUGUCGCAGCGUCACUUGGCCAUGGAGGAUUGUCAAGUGGUUCCUUCGGCGCUGAGCUUUGAGGAGGCGAAGAGACAGCUUGGAGAGAAAGGCAUCACGGAGAGGACGCCAAAGUCAUUGAAGGAGAGCAUUGAUGCUGUGACGGAAGAUAAGGAGAUGAAGGAUUGGGUUGGGGAAGAGUUGUUAACGCAUUAUGUGAGGGUUAAGCAGAAAGAGGUUGAGCAUUUUGGCAAGAUGGGAGAGGAUGAAAGGAGAAUUAAGAUGUUACAAUACUUUUAG